UGAGGCCGAGAUGGUGGGAGGCGUGCGCGGUCGGGAAGAUAGCACCGUCCGGGGAACCCCUGAGAAGCUUGCGCACGUCGACCGGAGCCCCGAUACCUGGGUCAGAGGCGGGGAGCGCAGGAGCAGGCGUCCAGGAAUGUGACCUGAUCGUUGGGAACAACGCUAUCCCGGGGAACAGGGUGGAAACAGACGAGGGUGGGAGAAGGGCAAGGAGACGCUGGGGCUGCUGCGUAGAGCAUUCUGGGAGAUAUAGUCCGGCUAGGGAAGGGAAGUCGGCGAAUUCGCAUGCUCAGGAGCGGGAAAGCGGACCGCUGAGAACUAAGGUCUACCUAAGUCAGGAACCCGAGGAGACGACAAGACAUUGCAUGAUGUGAUAAGCAGGGCUCAGAGGAUGGGGCUGAAUUGAGAAAGGAUGCCACCUGGGUGUUGAACCACACAGGGGAAUUUGGACAAGUGGAGGGAGGCUGCCCUGUGGAACCAAGAUGGCAGGGACAGACACUAGCCUCAGCCCAGACUGUCUUUCUGAUGAGGCCCGCAGCACUGGGAUCCCCAGGGCACACAGCCCCAGAAGACAAGAGGCCCAUCAUGGUGAAGCUGGAGGACUCUGAGGAGGAAAAGGAGGAGACGACCCCAUGGGAUCCUGGCCCAGAGGCUGCACGCCAGUGUUUCUGGCACUUCCGCUAUGAGGAGGCAGCAGGGCCCCGAGAGGCCUUGGCGCUGCUCCGGAAGCUAUGCCACCAGUGGCUGCAGCCCAAGGUGCACUCCAAGGAGCAGAUGCUGGAACUACUGGUGCUGGAGCAGUUCCUGAGUGCACUGCCCACUGAGAUCCAGGCCCGAGUGCGGGAACAGCAGCCAGGCAGCCCUGAGGAGGCUGUGGCCCUUGUUGAGGAGCUGCGUCAGAAGCCAGGAGGACCCCGGAGAUGGGUCACAGUCCAGGUGCAGGGCCAGGAGGUGCUAUCAGAGAAGAUGGAGCUCUCUGACUUCCAGCCACUCCUUCAAACCAAGCCUAGGAUUACAGAACCUGGGCCUGAUACCCCUGGAGCCACACAGAGGUCACCGCUGAGUCUUCAUGUGAAAGAGGAGCCCGAGGUUACAGAGGACCCAGAAUUUCUGGAUUCUGGGCCUCUAGCCAGCCCCCACGAGGCCAAUUCCACCCUCCUGCUUGAGGAGGCCCAGGGCUGUGGGAUGGUGCUGGACCAGGCCUCUCUCCACAGCAAGACUGGGCUUAAGGGGCCCUCAUGGACGGAACUCCCUGGGGCCCUAUGGCAAGAACAACCUGGGAGCAUCUUCUCCCCAGGGUUUGCGCUCCAGAUGGACAGUGUCUCUGCUGGCCCAGGCACUGUGAGCCCCCACCUCCACUGGGACCAUGGUGUGGCUGGCCUCACAGGCCAACUCCAGUCACCCUUGCAAGAAGGUGGCUUCUCACAUGCACUCGUGCUCCCCAGCGACCCAGGAGGUGAGCAGGACCCCACGGAUGAGGAUCCCCGCCAGGGUGUGGGCCGAAUAAUGACCACUACCUGCUGGCCAGCCCCCAGGGGUCGGAGCCGAGGCCGUCCCAGCACAGGUGCCGGGGCAGUACGAGGUGGCCGUUGCGACGUGUGUGGGAAGGUGUUCAGCCAACGCAGCAACCUGCUGCGGCACCAGAAGAUACACACGGGAGAGCGGCCAUUUGUGUGCGGUGAGUGCGGCCGUGGCUUCAGCCGCAGCUCACACCUGCUGCGCCAUCAGCUCACGCACACGGAAGAGCGCCCAUUUGUCUGCGGCGACUGCGGCCAGGGAUUUGUGCGCAGCGCACGCCUGGAGGAGCACAGGCGUGUGCACACGGGCGAGCAGCCCUUCCAUUGCACUGACUGUGGCCAAAGCUUUCGGCAGCGCUCCAACCUGCUGCAGCACCGGCGCAUCCACGGUGAUCCUCCAGGUACCGGCACUGGGCCCCCCACGCCUCCCAGUGCACCGGAGCCCCCAGGCCCCUUCCCUUGCAGCGAGUGCUGCGAGAGCUUUGCGCAGCGUGCAGUGCUGCUGGAGCACCAGGCUGUGCACACGGGUGACAAAUCCUUCAGCUGCGUCGAGUGUGGCGAGCGCUUCGGACGCCGCUCGGUGCUGCUGCAGCACCGCCGAGUGCACAGCGGUGAGCGGCCCUUCGCCUGUGCCGAAUGCGGCCAGAGCUUCCGGCAGCGCUCCAACCUCACGCAGCACCGGCGUAUCCACACCGGCGAGCGGCCCUUCGCCUGCACUGAGUGCGGUAAAGCCUUUCGCCAGCGGCCCACGCUCACACAACACCUGAGGGUGCACACAGGCGAGAAGCCCUUCUCCUGCCCUGAGUGCGGCCAGCGUUUCAGCCAGCGUCUCAAGCUCACGCGCCACCAGCGGACACACACUGGUGAGAAGCCCUACCACUGCGGUGAAUGCGGCCUGGGCUUCACGCAGGUUUCGAGGCUCACAGAGCACCAGCGCAUCCACACAGGCGAGCGCCCCUUCUCCUGCCCCGAGUGCGGCCAGUGCUUCCGACAGCAUGCCAACCUCACACAGCACCGGCGCAUCCACACGGGAGAGCGGCCCUAUGCCUGCCCCGAGUGCGGCAAGGCCUUCCGCCAGCGGCCCACGCUCACGCAGCACCUGCGUACCCACCGGCAUGAAAAGCCCUUCUCCUGCCAGGACUGUGGCCGGCGCUUCCACCAGAGCACCAAACUCAUCCAGCAUCAGCGUGUCCACAGUGCAGAGUAGCCAGGGCCCACUGACCCCUCUGUGUCCACCUCAGUUCUCUGUGUGUAGGGGGACACAGAGGGGGACAGAACACCUACCUUGCACGGGUGUUGUGAGGCCUGCCAUCAUAUAGGUAUACACAGAUUGGCCCAGGGCCUAAUCCCCCAGUAGGUGUUCAAUAAACAGUAGAAGGAACCUGGCUCUGGAUCUCCACACACACAAUGCCACCCUACUUGCACCGGUUCCUCUCUAACAAUCCCACAUAUCCAUCACUUCCACUGCAACUGUGGUUCCUGACAGCCAUGGCCCCCCCUGCAGAAGUGGCUCCUAGCAGCAACUGCCCAUGGCUGCGAGGUUCCCCCACUUACUAUGAUUCCAGUACUGUUAGUUCAGGAUGACUUCAACGCACACAUCCAUGGGUCAAACGAACUGGCAGGGGAGGACCUGGACUGGCUCAGUUCUCCGCAGCCUGCCAAGACCACUGGAUGCAAUAAAAGUAGCAAACUUGUGCCCAGGAGACCAGAUGUGGCCUGGGAUGUGCUUGUAAAACUAAACCUGGGAAGACAUUCCUUAGAUGUGAAAGGCCAGGGCCCCAAAUUUGAAGCCUUUAGAAGUAUAUACAUCCAUCUGCCAAACCAACCUCCUGAGGAAAAACAUGAAGAAUGAUGUUAUAGCCACCCAUGAAAGACUAUUUCUGCAAAAACAGAUAAAGGAAAGAAAAACCACCACUUCUGCAACUGGCCAGGGAUACCUUUACAAGCUGGCCAAGUAGCUGGGGGUUAAGAAUCCAAGUGCUGCCCUGGCUGGUGUGGCUCAGUGAAUUGAGUGCCAGACUAUGAACCAAAGGGUGGUUGGUUUGAUUCCCGGGCAGGGCACAUGCCUGGGUUGUAGGCUG